AUGGUUCUAAAAAAUGGCGGCAUUAAAAAGGAGUACCUAGCUUCCAUUAUCUAUAGAGAGCUAGACAAGUACUACGAUGGCCUGCUUGAAAUCCUUCAGAAAGGGGAUUCGGCUGCUUGCCGUACCUGGAUCAGACGGAUAGGUGAUUUUGGCUACACUGGGACAAAGAUUACUGAUGGCUUUCCGCCCGACAAAACGGAGCAGAUCAAAUUACUUCUUGAUGCUGGGUUUCUGCCAUCUAAGCUAUAUUUCUUGCGAACGCUCUUCGAAUUAUAUCUUAGAGACUUCCUCGAGAGUCUAGAAUGUCUUAAGAUAAAGAUUCCCCAGUCAACCUACGCUUAUUGCAUUGCUGAUCCGUACGGGGUACUCAAAGAAGACGAGAUCCACCUUGCAUUUGGAGAGUGCUGGGAUGAUGAUUCUGGAGAUCUAGAUCUAGACGGCAUUGACGUUCUUGUGGCGCGUGCUCCCGCUCAUUUACCCGCUGAUAUUCAAAAGCGCCGGGCAGUAUUUCAUCCUGCCCUGAGACAUUUAAAGAAUGUGGCUAUAUUCCCUACAACAGGUGACGUUCCGCUUGCCUCGUUGCUUUCUGGUGGUGACUACGACGGUGAUGAAGUUUGGGUUUGCUGGGAUCCAGAGCUGGUAAGCCCAUUCCAUAACCAGCCAUCUCACGAAAUACCACAACCAGAGAAAUAUGGCCUGAUCAAAAUAUCUAAACCGCUGGGCAAUACUCCAUUUGACGAAUUUAUGGCCAAAGCUUUCCAUUUCAACCUCUCACCGAAUACACUUGGCCUGUGCACCAAUGAGCAUGAGCGGUAUUGUUACUCUUUAGGUGGUAUCGGAUCUCCUAACGCAGUGGACUUCUCCUGUUUACUCAGCCAUCUCGCCGAUACUCGAAAAUCAGGGUACGAAUACCCGCCGGAAAACCGACGUGCAUUCCGUAAGACUCUAGGCAAACCUACUAGCGAUAAUCCUGCAUAUAAAGACUCUGAUAUCUCAACCCCUAAGCCGGACGAUAUCAUUGACUAUCUCAAAUUCCAGGUUAUCGAGACGGAGAGAAAGAGGAUUUUAGCCCGCUUGAACAAUGAUUGCCCUUCGAUAAACAUAUGCAGGACCGACAGAGACCUUGUGGCGAUAUGGAAAAAGGCAUGGGACCUUGCCAACUACGAACGAGAUGUGAAAAAUAGCACCAUAUUGCUGGACACCAUACAAGGCAUUAGGAAGAAGGUGAAGAAAGUCUUUGAAGACUGGAAUGUUGUGAGAGAUAAACUAUCCACCGAAGGUAGAAUCACUCUUGCCAACGAGUUCUUGAUGGCGAUCCGCGCUCCUCACUUUGAACAUGACCGCAGCAUUAUAUGGAGAUUCUCUGAAUAUGAAUGGCAGACGUUCCUUGCUUCUUGUGCAUACGAGCAGUACUCUGAAAAACCUUUCCCAUGGUACGCAACGGCCAAGGUCCUCUGUGGAAUCAAGUGUACGGCCAACGGUCAGUGCCGUUACGUCACGCCAGCUAUUUACCAACUCCUGGAUGUGAACAAUUCACGGGCAAAGAAAGUGGAAGCGGAUCGCCGCAAGGCGGAGGCGGAAGAGUACGCGGCAGCCACUGCAUUCCUCUAUGAGAUGGAAGAGAACGCGGAAUUCUCUACAUUCCUUGAUGAAGAUGAUGGUGGUGACCGGUGGUGA